GCGGCAGCUGAGCUGAAGGGAGCCGGACCGGAAGGGUCGCAGCGCCCCGGCGCCCCUCACACCCACUGCGGCGGCGACGGGGCGGAGCGGAGCGGGGCGGGGCGGCCGGAGCUCGGGACAGCGGGGGAGCCGGGAGCGGCCGGAGCGCAGCGCCGUCAGUCCGCCCGCCCGCCCGCUCUGUCUCCCUGGCGCGGCGGCCGGGAGGCGAGGAGACAUCCACUGGAUUCUACAUUUAUCUAGGUCAUGCUUUCUGCUGGGCCCCAGGGACACGAAGGAGAUAGCAGCAGGGUCCCUUCCCCCAAAGAUCCCAGGAGCUCAGUAGAGAAGGCCAGCAUGCAGACAGUUCCAGGAUAAGGAACCUGACAGCAUACCGGCUCCCAGAGUACUGUAUGACACUACAUCAUGAGUGACAGUAAAUGUGACAGUCAGUUUUACAGCGUGCAAGUGGCAGACUCAACUUUCACUGUCCUGAAACGUUACCAGCAGUUGAAACCAAUUGGCUCUGGAGCCCAAGGGAUUGUUUGUGCUGCUUUUGAUACAGUUCUUGGAAUAAAUGUUGCAGUCAAGAAACUAAGCCGUCCUUUUCAGAAUCAAACUCAUGCAAAGAGAGCUUAUCGUGAACUCGUCCUUUUAAAAUGUGUCAAUCAUAAAAAUAUAAUUAGUUUGUUAAAUGUGUUUACACCACAAAAAACUCUAGAAGAAUUUCAAGAUGUGUAUUUGGUUAUGGAAUUAAUGGAUGCUAACUUAUGCCAGGUUAUUCAUAUGGAGUUGGACCAUGAAAGAAUGUCCUACCUUCUUUACCAGAUGCUCUGUGGUAUUAAACAUCUGCAUUCAGCUGGUAUCAUUCAUAGAGAUUUGAAGCCUAGCAACAUUGUGGUAAAAUCAGACUGCACCCUUAAGAUCCUGGACUUUGGCUUGGCCCGGACAGCAUGCACCAACUUUAUGAUGACCCCCUACGUGGUAACUCGCUAUUAUCGGGCCCCAGAAGUCAUCCUGGGCAUGGGCUACAAGGAGAAUGUUGAUAUCUGGUCAGUGGGUUGCAUCAUGGGAGAGCUGGUGAAAGGUUGUGUGAUUUUCCAAGGCACUGACCAUAUUGAUCAAUGGAAUAAAGUAAUUGAGCAACUAGGAACACCAUCAUCAGAGUUCAUGAAGAAACUUCAGCCAACUGUGAGGAAUUAUGUAGAAAACAGACCAAAGUAUCCUGGAAUCAAGUUUGAAGAACUCUUUCCAGAUUGGAUUUUUCCAUCAGAAUCUGAACGAGACAAAAUAAAAACAAGUCAAGCCAGAGAUCUGUUAUCAAAAAUGUUAGUGAUCGAUCCUGACAAGCGCAUCUCUGUGGACGAAGCCCUGCGUCACCCGUACAUCACUGUUUGGUAUGACCCUGCAGAAGCAGAAGCACCACCACCUCAAAUUUAUGAUGCCCAGUUGGAAGAAAGAGAGCAUGCUAUCGAAGAGUGGAAAGAGCUCAUUUACAAAGAAGUAAUGGACUGGGAAGAAAGAAGCAAGAAUGGUGUGGUAAAAGAUCAGCCUUCAGAUGCAGCAGUAAGUAGCAACGCCACUCCUUCUCAGUCGUCAUCUAUCAAUGACAUCUCAUCCAUGUCCACCGAGCAGACCCUGGCCUCAGACACAGACAGCAGUCUUGAUGCCUCGACAGGACCCCUGGAAGGGUGUCGGUGAUAGGUUGGGAACAGGAAACGUUAUCAGUGGAGGAACGUUCACUCCCAUGGUCGUCCUAACGCUUGUGGGAGUUGAUGGAACCAAAUAGAAAAACUCCAUGUUCUGCAUGUAAGAAACACGAUGCCUUGCCCCACUCGGUUCUAAUAGGAUUGCCUGCCUAGAUUAUAAAACAAAGCAGAUCAUGUCUGAAGAAAAAGUGUGAGCCACACUUGUAGAGAUUUUUGUUCAAGAUCAUUUCAGGUGAGCAAUUAGAAUAGAAGACAUUUUACAAGUCGUGUGGUAAUAAUGGUGACAAUUUCUCCUCAUCCGUAUUCGUUGGGACUUAGUGCAUGUGACCGCUUGGGUUUGUCCACCUGGCACUUUGGAAAUCAGUAUUUAAUGCCAAAUAAUCUUCCAGGUAGUGCUGCUUCUAGAAUGAUCUCUUAAUCCUCUUAAGUCAUUUGGUGUCUGUCCAGGAAAAAAAUAGAUUUAUAUGUAUUAAUUGGCCACCAUCAUUAUGGUAUGAUUUAUUCUAUCUUUUGUAUUUCAGAAGGAUAUAAUUAAAUCUAUUUAAUAAAAGUAUAGCUUUUUUUUUAACUUGUGAUGUUUCAGGCUGAGAACUGUCACUGCUAAAAGCCAAGACACUUAUACAGACACUAUUUCCUCUAAAUUGUUUAGUGUGAGAUGAUUCCGCUUUACUGCAUGAAAAUAUUUUCAAUUUUGUGCUGCUUAAGAUGUAAGUACCUUUAAAUCCUAUCUAUCCUAUCUUUUUUUCUUGAUUGUUGGGACUUCUUGAUAAUUUUAAAUGUUCCCUACUAUUUCACCUUCUUUAUCAGUCACGUAACACUCUUUCUCAAUAAGAUGCUACCACAUAGGUUCCUGAACUCAUUGCCUAAGGUUAGACUAGAACUUUCCAAAAUGGUCUCAAAAUCUGUCAAUUACCAAGUACUUCCUUCUCCAGAUCCUGGCCUGGCUCCUUUGCUCAUCCCCUCACUCAAGAUGCAAUAUACAAUAGGCCAACAUCACAUUCGAACUCAGUUUUUCUUUCUCACUGAAAAAAAGCCAGGUCAGCCCCCUCAGAUGCCUGUUGUCCACUUUGGGGAGACAAUUCUUUCUCCUAAGGGAAAUCUAGGAAUGUUCUGGAAAAUUCUCCUAGAGGAUAGGGAUUCACUCUUGAAUGCUUUCUGGUUUUAAACUGCUCACCUGAAAUUGAUUCUUUCAGACUUUCUGAUGUGUAAAUUAUAUAUGAAAUUCAUAAAGAUACUGAGUAUUUACGUGUCAAUGCAGAAAUGGAGUUACGAUGAUUACGUUUGGCUACCUGUGCUCAGAAUGGUUUUUCCCCUUGAGCUUAAUUUGUUGCAAUUCAUAUCUUGUGUUCAAUUCUUUUGAAAGCUAUUUGGCCAACAUUCUAUAGAAUGUGUUUCUGGGAGUACCUUUAAUAAGAGCGUUUGUCUUAAGUAUUAUCUGAAAUAUAUGAUUCUCUGUA